AGAUCAGUUUCAUUCUUUGUCAGUUGUGAAUAGGGGCGGAGGAAGCAGUCAUUAGAAUCCUAUAAAAAGAAAGCAUCCGAGAUCAUAAAACACCCGACUGCAGGAAUAAGUGCUUACUCACAGCCAGAAAGAGACAGAGAGGAAACCUCUUGUCAAGUUUCUUUCUGACCCUCAGAGCAUCAGCGUUUGAACAGAGCAACUUCUUCAUUGUUACCCUUUCUACACUGCGCUCUCUGUAUUCAGAUAACUGUGUCGAUGGCAGUUAUUCUUCUAAACGUCUGAUUUUCAGGAACAAAUCUUGGCUUCAUCACUGCUCUAUGUCUUGUAGACGGGCAAACGUGACGCAUGGACACUGACAGGGCGAAAACAUCUCAUUGAGAAACUUCAUUUUUUGCGGCACUUUUUGGUAUUUCAGUAUUUCUUUUUAAGGAUGCUCGUCUUAACUUGGAAUAGAUGCUGUGUUGUGAUGCUUCUCGUCGCUACACUGAAGACGGGGACAUCCCAGGUAUCCGAGGCGCGCCCGAAAGCGAACUUAAUCAAGCCAGCUCUGUUGGAACAGACACCUACACUCGCUCCAAACCGCUCCGCCGCUGUCCACCUUGGGAUCACCAAGAAAUAUAACGUCCUUGCGCAGGUGUAUCCAUGCAGCAAUGAUAAGGAGUGUAGUGUGGGAAGCUACUGCCACAGCCCUCAACAGGCUCCCUCUCGCUGCCUCACCUGCCGCAGGAAGAAGAAGCGCUGCCAUAGAGAUUCCAUGUGCUGUCCUGGGAACCGCUGCAGUAACUAUAUUUGUGUCCCUGUCUCUGAGAGUCUGAUCUCACCUCACAUCUCAGCUUUAGAUGAGCAUAACAAACUCUCCACCAAAGACCACAGCUGGAGGAAGGGAGGGAAGGCACAUGCUAAGCAUUCUCUUAAAGGGCAUGAGGGCGACUCUUGCCUGCGUUCAUCUGAUUGCUCCGAGGGCUACUGCUGCGCCCGCCAUUUCUGGACCAAAAUCUGCAAGCCGGUGCUAAGGCAGGGAGAGGUGUGCACCAAGCAGAGAAAAAAAGGCUCUCACGGCUUGGAAAUCUUCCAGCGCUGUGACUGUGCCAAGGGCCUUUCCUGCAAGGUGUGGAACGAUGCCACCUCCUCGUCCAAGUCCAGGCUCCACAUGUGCCAGAAGAUUUGAAGUGGGGGCAGCUGCUAUUGGCCUAGAGGCCUCUGUCUCCAUCUGCCAGGGAAAGAUUUUUAAAGGAAGAAUAGGUUGUAGCUGUAUUGAGAAAGAGAGUGAAAGAAAGAGACAAAAAAGAGACAGAUCAGACUCUUGUGGGUUCAAGCUCGCUAUUCGGCAAGCAGCGAGGGACUGGGAUUGCUUUAAUGUGUUUGCUGUGAGUGGUUCAUCCCUGCACACACACACACGCACACACACACACACACACACAC